AAAAAGUGGUUCAUCAAAGUUUGGAACUAAGCACAAAUCUUGAUUCUACUCUCCGAUUGUAGGCAAAGAAGCAAUUUCCAAGUAAAUCAACCACAGUAGAACUUCUGCUGCUUAGCUCUGUAGAAGAUGCGAAAUAGCAGAGUUUCAUCCAGAAAAACAUCUCGCAUAACACGCACACUUUAUAUAAUCCUUCUCUUUGCUAUAUCCAUCUUCAUUUUUCUCUUUUAUACAAAGGAUCUUUUAGAAAAUGAACAAAACCCACUUUUCUCUGAUACUUCUCAUCUUCACCAUCAAUCUCAGCAGAUAAGGAGUUCUGGCUCUGUGCAGUUUGUAGAUCAGCAAUUAUGGGCUUCAACAUUCAGUCGUCGCGUGCAUCCUUGUGUUAAUCCUACUGCUAAAUACAAAGCUGCCCAGGAAUCUAACAGAUAUAUGACUGUGAAAUGUAACGGAGGGUUGAAUCAAAUGCGUACUGGUAUUGCUGAUAUGGUGGCUGUGGCACGCAUCAUGAAUGCGACCCUGGUGAUUCCCCAUCUGGAUAAACGUUCAUUUUGGCAGGAUUCAAGUGUGUUUGGGGACAUAUUCGAUGAGGACCAUUUCAUUCGAAGCUUGCAGCGGGAUGUGAGGAUUGUAAAGGAACUUCCCAGACAAUUGGAAUCUGUUCCACGAGCUCGCAAACACUUUGGAUCGUGGUCCGGGAUGAGCUAUUAUGAGAAUAUGACUCAGUUGUGGAGGGAACAUCAGGUGAUUCAUGUUGCAAAAUCAGAUUCUCGACUUGCAAACAAUGAUCUACCUCUUGACAUUCAGAGGCUUAGAUGCCGUGCUCUGUACCAUGCUUUACGUUUCUCGCCUCCUAUUGAAGUAUUGGGGAAGAGGCUAGUGGAGCGGCUCAGAUUACGAGGGGGUCAUUACAUUGCUCUUCAUCUAAGAUAUGAGAAGGACAUGCUUGCUUUUACAGGCUGCACGUAUGGUCUCUCUGAUGCAGAAUCUGAGGAGUUGAGGAUUAUGAGGGAGAGUACACACCACUGGAAGAUAAAGAAAAUAAACUCUACGGAGCAGAGGAAUGCAGGCCUUUGUCCUCUAACACCCAGGGAGGUUGGGAUAUUCAUUAAGGCUCUUGGCUAUCCCGCAUCAACAUUAAUAUAUAUUGCAGCUGGAAAAAUUUAUGGUGGUGCAGGGCGACUAUCAGAGCUGACUUUGCAGUUUCCUAAUGUGGUUUCUAAGGAAACACUGGCAACCAAAGCCGAAUUAGAAGCUUUCUCCCAUCAUGCAUCUCAAAAUGCUGCCAUUGAUUAUAUCAUUUCUGUGGAGAGUAAUGUGUUCAUUCCAUCGCAUUCGGGUAACAUGGCGAGAGCAGUUGAGGGUCAUAGGCGGUUCUUGGAGCACAAGAAAACAAUCACGCCUGACAGGCAGGGUCUAAUUGAAGUGUUCAACAAGCUCGAUUCUGGCCAACUAGUGGAAGGGCCAACCUUAACCAAUAUUGUCAAGAGGAUGCACAGGAAUAGGCGAGGCGCUUCAAGGAAAAGGAACGGGCCUCCACUGGGAAUUAAGAGCAGAGCACGAUUUCGGUAUGAAGAGUCGUUUUAUCAGAACCCGUACCCGGAAUGUAUAUGUAACUAAUCAAUUCGUCCCAACAAGUUAUGAAAAAUCCCUGUGGAGCUGCUCGUUCUUCAGCUUGUUCUGUAGGAAUUCCUUGUUGGUCACUUUACCCGUUUGUUGUAUCAUUGUUUUCCACUUUCUUUUCACAAAUGUUAUCAUCCCAUUAUUUGAUUCUUUCUGUUUUAUUGACACUGUUUAGUACUCUACAAGGGGUUGUUAAUCUUGUAAAUCAUGGUUGGAAAGUUCAUUCUGAUAUCUAAUUCUCUUCUUAAGCUA